AUGAACAGUCAACCUAUGAUGAACUACUAUUCCGAAAUAUAUCCAUCGGGCACGAGUUUUUCCCAAACACCUUCAAAUAUGGGACAAUAUUACGAACAAAGCAAGCUCCCUUCUAUAUAUGUUCCUUAUCAGAACCAGCCAUCGGUAGUAUCAAAUGGUGGUGAUUAUUACUAUUCUAACCAACAAGUCAUGGGGCAGCAAAUGCACCAACAGCCAAUACUGCAACAGUACUCACAGCCCCAGAUACAGACACAUAAUCCAGCUAAUUCACAACAGGUACAACAGAUGCAACGGAUGAUAUCCCCCAUGUACUACCAACCUUCGGUGAUGUCAUCACAAAAUAUGCUUCAUCCAUAUCAAUAUGGUCAUGUUCCAAUGGUGAACACGUCUCAUUCACCACAACAAACCAGGGGAUGUCCUGUAAGUCCGCUUUCGACUAACAGCAAUGAUAUGAUUCCACAUAACUCGCCGCUAAGGCUGGAUUCGAAAUUGGACGAUAAGCAGAAUUUACCUAUUGACUACUCAUCAUUAGUCAGCUACACAAUAUCGCCUUCCUUAAAAAGAAGAAGAAAAUCAAAACAAAGGAUUGUUGAUGUGAAUCAAUCCUACCCAUGUAACCAAUGCUCUAAGGUGUUCCAGAAACCAUAUAAUUUAAAAUCUCAUAUGAAAACACACUCGAACGAAAAGCCUUUCAAGUGCUCGGUGUGCGAUAAAACGUUUGCUAGAUCGCACGAUAAGAAGCGUCAUGAAUUAUUGCAUGCUGGAGAAAAGAAUUUCAAAUGUGAAGGCUUUCUUAAAGAUGGAACUACCAAAUGGGGUUGUGGCAAGAAAUUUGCCCGUUCAGAUGCAUUAUCUAGACAUUUUAGAACUGAAACAGGUUGGCUUUGCAUUAAGCCUCUAAUGGACGAAGCAAAUGAGUCGGAAAAUAAUCCUACCCAUUCUACACAUGAACAGCACCAAGAUGACACUUUCAUGGAUAACGCAACUUUUAUUAAGAAGUUUAUCCAACCUAAAUAA